AUGAGUGGACUUGGAGACUCCGUGGUCUUAAAGCCUGCCAGCAACUUGCUUCAGCUUGUCAUGGAUUCACCUUGCAUAGCGCUGAAUGGUAACGAGUGGACUUGGAGACUCCAGUGUAAGGCUGGGGAGAAGUUCAAUCUCUCGUUUGCGAGUCUCACAAGUCGGGAGGCAUUGCAAUAUUUACGCGAUGUUCAGAAGAACGAUCUAGCUGGAUGGGCGAGGAUUGCUACUGCUCAGUACAAGACUGACAGCGUCGACCAGGCAACAGACUCCGAGUCAGAGGAUGAGGCCACUAAUGCUAUCGGAGUUGAAUCCCAGGGUGAACACGUCCGUUCUGACUGCCGUAUCAAUGCAGAUGGUGGACUUUCGUGUGCAAACCACUCCGAAGUCUAUGAUGUGGGUGACAUUGCUGCUGAAGAUGUGGAAGGUGGCUUGAACAGUGUUCUGAAGGUUGAGUAUGGGCGUGGAAAGUGUAGACACAUCGCAAAUUCAAUGUAUGAUGAUUUCUGGUCCUAUUAG